AUGUGCUCCCAGCUCUGGUUCCUGACGGACCGGCGCAUCCGCGAGGACUACCCGCAGGUGCAGAUCCUGCGCGCCCUCCGGCAGCGCUGCUCCGAGCAGGACGUGCGCUUCCGGGCGGUGCUCAUGGACCAGAUCGCCGUCACCAUCGUCGGCGGCAACCUCGGCCUGCAGCUGAACCAGAAGGCGCUCACCACUUUCCCAGACGUGGUGCUUGUCCGCGUGCCCACGCCCUCCGUGCAGUCGGACAGUGACAUCACCGUCCUGCGACACCUGGAGAAGCUGGGCUGCCGCUUAGUCAACCGCCCACAGAGCAUUCUAAACUGCAUCAACAAAUUCUGGACAUUCCAGGAGCUGGCUGGGCAUGGGGUCCCCAUGCCAGACACCUUCUCCUAUGGUGGACAUGAAGACUUCUCGAAAAUGAUCGAUGAAGCCGAGCCGCUGGGCUACCCCGUGGUGGUGAAGAGCACGCGCGGACACCGGGGAAAAGGUGUUUUUCUUGCAAGAGAUAAACACCACCUCUCAGACAUCUGCCACCUGAUCCGCCACGAUGUGCCCUACCUGUUCCAGAAGUACGUGAAGGAGUCCCAUGGAAAAGAUAUCCGGGUGGUGGUGGUCGGCGGCCAGGUGAUAGGCUCCAUGCUUCGCUGCUCCACAGAUGGGCGGAUGCAAAGCAACUGCUCUCUCGGUGGCGUGGGCGUCAUGUGCCCACUGACAGAACAAGGCAAGCAGCUGGCUAUCCAGGUGUCCAACAUCCUGGGCAUGGACUUCUGUGGCAUCGAUCUUCUCAUCAUGGACGAUGGCUCCUUUGUGGUGUGUGAGGCAAAUGCCAACGUGGGCUUCCUAGCCUUCGACCAGGCGUGCAACUUAGAUGUGGGCGGGAUCAUUGCAGACUACACCAUGUCCUUGCUGCCCAGCAGGCAGACCGGGAAGAUGGCCGUCCUCCCAGGCUUGUCUAGCCCCAGGGAGAAGAAAGAGCCAGAUGGCUGUGCUUCAGCUCAGGGAGUUGUGGAGAGCGUCUAUGCCAUCAACAGCGGGUCUACCUCCAGCGAGAGUGAGCCUGAACUGGGAGAGAUCCGGGCUUCCUCAGCCAGCACAGCGGGGGCCCCGGCCCCCAUGCUGCCUGACCCCAGCUACAACAUUAACACCAGGAUUGCUUCAGAAUUAAAACUUAAGUGAAUUCCUGCUUUUUGGCAGCACUGAAACCAAAUCCUACUGCUUCCCUAGUAGUUUUGAGCGAAUAAAAUCUGGACUAGUGUGAUUUCAUUUGCACAGAAACUAGAAAUCCCAUCUGGGCCCUCGGCAUUCUUUCUAAUGAUGAUUUAAGCAAAUGGCCUAGCUUUGUGGUUUUUAGAAACACUAGUAUGAAAACCCUCACCGAGAACGACAUCCCGACCGACUGGUUCAAGACCGACGUCUGCUGCGAGCACUGGGACGUGACAGCUGCCUCGGGGCUCUGACUCUGCUGUGCUUUGGCUUGUAGCAGUGGAGCCCGUUAAGCUGGAACUGCUCCUGGAGACACUGUGCAAAAGAGCAACCACCCGACAGAGGCACGUGCAGAAGAGGUGGAAUGUGACUGCAGUUGUGUGCUCUUCAUUAAGAGUGUGUGUGUGUGUGUGCACGCCUGUGUGUGUGAGAGAGAUGCUCAGAGAAUACGCAGUCCCAAUGCUGUUAAAGAAUCAGUCUCUGCUCCCCAUCAAUCACCAUCUUGACCAUAUUUCUCUGACACUCAGGAUAUGGUGUUUCAAAGGGAGCUUCCUCAUUAGCAUCUUCAAUGAAGCACUUUGUAGAAAGUGAGAUUGAGCGUCCUUUGACUUCAGUGAUUGGCAGACAUCCUGCUCUGUAACUGGGGCUUUUUACAAACUGCCAAGUAUAUAGACCCUGCUUCAACUAACGCCAGCCCCAGCAGCCUCUUGCACCUUUGCUGCCUUUGGCCUCAGCUGGAAAUGCAUUUCAAUGAGCUAGUGGCCACACACUUCCUUCCUUAAGCGUGCACUAGAACACCAUGGACUUCUUUUCAGUGGACUCCUGUUCACUUGACAUCAGAAGCCAGUGGGUUUUUAAUCCUAGAGAGCUAGUGAAAAAUAAUCAUUCCCCCCUUCCUCUGCUGAUACUUGGUGUACUUAGCUAUAGGAGAUUUUUUCAUACGAGUUGGUGUUGUGGGCCUGUUGGGUAGAUAGAGCCAUUGGAAACACACUCCAGUCCCAUUGACAUACUAGUCUUACCCAGGUUAAGACUACCUAUACUAGUCUUACUAGUCUUACUCACUUUUCCACACUGGGGAGAUUCAGAUAUCAAGGAUAACUCAUUGCACAUCUUAUGGGGGGAUGGUGAAGAGAAGUGGAUAAUGUUGACAUGACACCAAGUGCUUUCCAUUUUAACUCUUCUGGCAGUAGGUGAUGACCCUUCCCUUGGGAGAAAUCACAGAGAUGGAGUCUUCCAUUUCUGCUUGUAUGAAGUAUGACAGAAAUGAACACAGCUACCUUUUUAACCAAAUAAACUAGAACAUAUGCACUCAAGAGUCACCCUGAUCGUACUUACUUCCUUGGGAGACCUUACUCUUGAGCUGCAGUGUUCCAUGUGCCAAGACCACAUAGACUUCCUGUUUGGAAUUAUCUUUGAAGCCAUGCAAGAAAAGAGGCCUCACCACCUUAUAGUCAGACCUCAUUUUUUACAUCACUCCUCCCCAGAGGUCAUCCCAAGCUCCAUCACUCAUUUCACUUAGACUUCUAAUGCUCUUUGGCUGUUAAACAAAUCAUCCCUCAAAAAGGAAAUCUACCCUUAAAGGACAAGACCAACAACAUUAAGGAAGCUUACAGAUGGAUAGCUCCAAGGAGGGUCCUAGAAAUGUUCUGAGUAAGGCUAGCUUCCCUUGACUAAACACACAUCUUCCCAAGGUGACUAGUUUGAAGGCAGCAGCACCCAUUUGGGUGUAUGAAUUCCUGAACUUCUGUAAUGUAAAAUGUGUGUCAAGUCAAACUAGUCCGUUUUCUUUCACAACACAUUUAAAUAGAAACUGGCUUUGAAAAUACUGUGGCUAAAAUCAGAUCUCACUAAGUAACAGUUGUACAGCUGAACACUGGCACCGUGUAAUGGAGAUGCACUACACAGCCGUAGUUUAAAUACAGUCAACAUAAGGUGCAUGCCACUGAGCUGCGACUCCAGCCAUGUGUCUGUACAGUUGAAAAAUGAUAAUCCUUCACCUUUAGUAUAGGUUAAGACAUGUACCUUAUCUUUACCACUCAGGGUGGGUUUAGCAGAAUGGUUCUCGGUCUGUUCUCGUUGGAAUUGGCCGGAUGCUUUCUAUGUAAACCUCUGAACCAAGUGAUGACCUGCUGGAAGCUGCAUCCACUCCUUCCCACAGUUUAGUGUAAGCUCAGUCUCUCCAUUUUACCUAAAGGGAUGAUAGUGGGCCCCAUCCUGAGCAGAGCAGCUAGAGGAUGCUUCCAGAGUUGUCAAGAGGGGCCCGUUUUCCAGCUGCCAGUGACAUCUGUAGUCGUUGGCAUAUUGCUCAGAACCCAGGCCUGUCUAGAAGCAGAGAAAGCUGGGGCACAGCUGGGUCAUAGCCUUGCUCCAGGAUUUCCCGCUCUGGCUGUGGGCCCUGUGAACCUCAGCCAGAUGGCUGGGCCGACCUCGUCACAGCUGCCCACAGGGCCUGCUGGAGGGAGCAUGGGGCACAGAGCCAGCUCCUCAUUCUGAUUCUCCCCUUCAACAGCUGAUAACCCUAUACAAUCAAGUUGACUCUAACCACGAUUUUUCCAUUCUUCUGAUAGGGGCUAUGCCUAUCUUAUUUACCUCUUGAGGGCGGUGUGCUUUGAGCUUGAAGUGAGUGAAUUAAUGAGACUGCCUUAUGUGGGAGGUGGUAGAGAGAUGCCUAUAGCAUCUGGCUUUUAACAGUUUCCCAUCACCCCUCCUCUGGGAGGAGUUAAAGAAAGAGACCAUACUUUCUUGGCAUUAGCACACUAAACAGUGGUGGGGGGCCUGAAAAUGGAUGCAGCUUCUCAGAGGUCUUAUGACCUGAAAGGAGUAAUGUAUUCAGCCUUCUGGAUGUAUCGUAUGUAACCUGAAACUCUUGACUGCUGUAUCAACUAACAGUCUUCCUUAUGUAACAUAAAUUGCAAUGUCUGAAUACAGUCUUCCCAUUAUCUGGUAGUAGCAUCUUGAAACUGGUCAAAACUUGAAUGCCAAUAG